AAUAGUCGCAGUAAGACCGAUCAAUAUAGUGGCCAGUACAGGUGCAGGCACAAGAAACAUGGCAGGCGUUCUACUUCGAAGCCUUCACAAUUUGGAAACUUCAGCGAACGAACCUACCGCCAAAUGGACCGUUCCUUUAAGCGACGGGAAUCAUGUGGUCGAGUUUGAACAUGGAACAGCAACAGGCCGACGUGUGGUAAAAAUCAAUGGCAACACAAUAGUUCAUAGAGAUUGGAUGUUUCGUCUGGUCGGUGAUGAAGUUUUUAUGUUCAAUAACACCAAGUUUGUAAUCAGAGUCGAUCCAAUGCCAGGUCUGAAAUAUUCUUAUUCAUUGUGGGUGAAUGGCAAGAGUUACAAACAAUUUAUACAGUCGCAAUCAAAAAUACUAGAGACUUGGUUGGCCAAAGUUGGAAACGAAGAAUAUAGAGUUGUACUAGAUAAACACGCUCACAGCGUUUGGGUAAAUGGAAAAGAAGUGGAAGUUGAGAACGAAUUCAUGGACGGCGGUGCAGAAAUUCUCUUCUCCGUUGGCGAUUUACCGGCCGCUAUCAGAUCUUACAGUUCGGAACAAAAAGAGAUCGGCAUAGCAUACAUUUUAUAUAUCAAUGACACUGAAAUACAGCAAGAAGCUUUAUUGGAAGAAUCCUAAAUACACGUUUUAACUUGUCUAGACUUUUUGUGUGAUACCGACCGUUAAGAAAGAGAGGAUAUGCACAUUAUUGAUAACCAUAAAUAAUAAGAAUUAUUAAACACACAAGUGUGAAACACAUUAUUAACAAAAUAUUUAUAUAAUGUAAAAUAUUCAAAUGUAAUUCAUGUUAUUCGAUGUGCCAUGUAAUUUUGUGUAUAUUUUUUAAAUUAUGAAUCUAAAAUAAAAUUGCUAAAU